CGGCCGGGCUGAGGACGCCCGCUUUUCAGCGGAUCGGAUCCCGGAGCUCGAGCAGGCGCGGCGGGCGCGGGGAUGGGCGUCUCGGUGGACUUGCACCAGGUGUACAAGUACCCCUUCGAGCAGGUGGUCGCCAGCUUCCUCCGGAAGUAUCCCAAUCCCAUGGAUAAAAAUGUCAUCUCUGUAAAAAUUGUGGAGGAAAGAAAAGAUGAAACCACAGGAAUCAUCUAUAGAAAGAGGAUUGCAAUCUGUCGGAAUGUGAUUCCAGAAAUUUUAAGGAAGGUGGGCAUGUUAAAGGUACCUAGUAUCCAGUUAGAAGAAGAAUCCUGGCUCAAUCCUCAGGAAAGAAACAUGGCUAUACGGAGUCACUGCCUUACAUGGACACAGUAUGCAUCUAUGAGGGAAGAGUCUGUCUUCAGGGAAAGUGUGGAAAAUCCCAAUUGGACAGAGUUCAUUCAAAGAGGCAGGAUUUCAAUCACAGGGGCUGGAUUUCUCAACUGUAUUUUGGAAACUUUUGCCAGCACUUUCUUAAAACAGGGAGCCCAGAAGGGAAUUAGAAUAAUGGAGAUGCUGCUGAAGGAACAGUGUGGUGCCCCCUUAGCUGAAUAACGAAUCACCAGAAAGCUGUAUUUGUGCCUGCUUUUUCCCCUUCUUUUUUCUUCGAAAAAUCACUUCUUGGCUAAAUCACAACAUCAGCACCAUUCCUGGAAUGCAGGUUUGAGGAUACAAUGUCAGCAGUCUAAAGAAGAGGACACUACUCCAUCAAGAUGCAAACCAAUACACUCCCGUUAGAACCUCUUCAGAUAGUGGGGCUCAUGAGAAUGAGACCUUCUAGCUGGAGUUUUAUGAAGUAGUCUGUUUACGAUUUCACAAAUAAAGGAAAAACCCAUAUAAGAUGAUGCCAGUCCUCCUCGGGGUGUCCUCCUGGUCAUCUGAGAUGCUCUCAGAGCAGCCAGGGGCAGGAUGAGGUUCUGCCAGGGGCUGGUGCUCAUGCCCAUGUGUUAUCAGCAUCACUGUUUCAAGGAUGCAUGAGAAGAUUCUGGAACAAAUAAAUUUGUUCACCUUGGUAUGUGCCUCUAGGGGACCUGAACAGACAGGCUUGUAUCAGCCCUGUGUUGAAACUAAGCUGUAUAGUUAAGAUUCUCAGAAAUCAAUAAUUUAUUUCUGUCCAUAGAUGACACAUAACUUCUGUCCCUACAGCUUUUAUCCUCUGGCACAUCAACUGUGGCUUGGUCCUCUGAAGAGCAGGGAUUGGAGAGUAGAGGUCAGGCUUUUGCCACAGCUCCUUCUAGCUUGUUCUGUGAUGUGCAGUAGGUUGUCACCUGUCUUUCUAACUGGGAAAAUCAGGACAGUGGGCACAGAUCUUUCUGCAGUGGUUUUAGUUUGCAGAAUGCAGGUUUGGAGUCAGACAGACAGACAGAUGUGGGUUUGAAUUCAAGCACUGCCAUGUACUGUAAGUGAUCUACACAUAAUUUCAGAUCUUUCUGAAACUCAUUUUAAAAGAGUUGUAAAGUAUGGUGAUGCGAAGAAAUCUGUGCUUCCCAGUGCCUCGUAGAGGUCGGGUAUAUAGAUUGUUAUGAUCAACUGUUUUGAAAAUACAGCUUUCAACUGUAAGGGAAGGUGGUAUUGCGUUUGAAAAUUAGAUGACAGGAGCUUGCAUUUCUCAUGAUGGGAAGUAUAAAUGCACUGUACCUAGCAGAAAGCUCAGAGAGAGGUAAUAAUUUGGAAUUCAUCUUCUUAAGAUAAAAAUUGGUCCAUUACUGGAAAGUCUUGAGGAAAUUGUUCUUUUUUAAUAUUUGACAAUUUUUCUACUUAGUGCACUGAUGAAUUUCAAAGCAACCUUACUUUCUCAUACAAGCCUGCUACUGUGAGCCUUCCUUUAUUGUAUUUGAGCUAUUUGUGCUGCCUGAGUUUUGUCUCUUGGGAUAAUUUCCUUUUAUUUCCUUAGUGUUUUAUUCCUUAGUUGUAUUGGAGGGAAAAAUGAAUGGCAGAAAUCAGAAUAUAUUUUGACCGUCUUUUCCAGUUUAUAAAUGCAUUCGGUAGUCUUUUGGAAUAAUAGCCUUUUCCCAAAAGUAAGAAGUGAUGUGAAUUGUCACGGAGUGAGAGGCAAAAACCUCGCCUUUGGAGACUGAUGUUGCAACACGUGUACCUCUCAUACUCAGCAACUUACAUUCUCUCGUAAGGUCAGAGUUCUCACCAUUGCUGUCCAGGAAGGAAGACUGUAUGCUAUCCUGAUUGCAGGCCUAAGAACCCAGAAUCUCUGGGGAUGCAGCCCCAAUAUCGGUAUUUUAAAAAACUCUCCCAGUGAUUUUUAAUGGACGGUUAAGGGGGAGAACUUGACAGCAAAUUUCAGGUAAUUUGUGGCCAUUAUUUAAUUCUUCCUAACACUGACUAGGUAGGAAAGGAUCUUUCUAGUGCGAUUUUUAAAAAUUAGAGAUAGAGUGGGGCACAGAGAGGCCAAAGUUGUGCUUUGAUUCCUGGAAGCCCUGGGGGCCAGGGCACAUGCUUCGUAGCUGGUUUGAAGAGAGAAGCGGACUGGGGCUACUCCUGAGACCCCCCAGGGCACACUCCUGGCUGGCAGCCGCUGCUGCAUUGUGUGGUCAUGUGGCUGCUUUUUCUAGUUAUGUAAUUUUCCAUGAAAAGACAAACUUUUUUUAAUAAACAUCUCUUAAUUUUUAUGUGUUGGCAAAAAGUUGGGAAUUGUUUGAAACCUCCCACUGGCUACGUGUUUGCCAGCCUUUAUGUUCAGCCUGUGUUUCUAAGUUGUUCCGGAGAGGACAAAACAGCCUCGCCAACUUUUAAUAGAUUUGCAUUUUGUUAUCUGGACAUAGCUUCAUUUGGCCUUUCUUCCCCAACUGCUUUUAGAUGCGUUUUCUUCUGCAUUCCCAACUAAUCCUCUGGACUGGCAUCCAACCCUUUUCCACAGUAUUUUUUUCUCCUGCAGGAAUUUAUUGCAUUAAGCUUCACAUCCAUGCUUUAGAAAUCUUACAGACCUUUUAAAAUUAAUUAGGGAGAAUGUUAGAGAUUUUUUUUUAAAACAGGGUCUCACCAUG